AUGCAUCUGAGGGGAGACAGUGGUAAAGCAGAGCAAGCUCAACAGAGGUCUGCAGAUGCCACUGAUGCCACAAACAUACCCAGCCUCACUGACUCUGUUACUCGAGAUGCCACCAUCAGCCUGGUGAACGGCAGUAACCGCUGCGAGGGCCGCGUGGAGAUUUCCCACUCUGGGGGCCGCGGCACCGUCUGUGACGACGGCUGGGACCUGAGCGAUGCCCAGGUGGUGUGCAGGCAGCUGGGCUGUGGCUCUGCUGUUGCUGCAACCUCAAGCGCCUCCUUUGGACAAGGCAGUGGCAGCAUCUACCUGGACGAUGUCAGCUGUGCGGGCUGGGAGUCCUCCCUCUUCCAGUGUGGCCACCGAGGCUGGGGCAGCCACAACUGUGGCCACAGUGAAGAUGCUGGUGUUGUGUGCUCAGGUACCACUCAUUUGACUGCCAGUGUGCAAACUGACAUUCUGAAACUGUCCCCUAUUGAAUGGAAUUUGUUGUGUCUUGGGAAUGACUGUGGGAUUAUGGUCUUGGUUGAUCCUGCAAUUGCACACCAUUCUGCUGAUACCUCCAGGUUGUCCAUUGCCUAUGUGAAAGGGUGGCAGCAACACACCCAGCACUGGGAGAAACGUGGCCAUCCUACUUCAUCCAACAGGGCCUCACUUGCUUCUUUCUCUUUCUUCCCUGCAGAUGCCACUGAUGCCACAAACAUACCCGACCUCACUGGCUCUGCUAAUCCAGUAACAUGCCAGCACUGGGAGAAACCUGGCCAUCCUACUUCAUCCAAUAGGGCCUCACUUGCUUCUUUCUCUUCCUCCUUUGCAGAUGCCACUGAUGCCACAAACAUACCAAGCCUCACUGGCUCUGCUAAUCCAGAUGCCACCAUCAGUCUGGUGAACGGCAGGAACCGCUGCGAGGGCCGCGUGGAGAUUUCCCACUCUGGGGGCCGCGGCACCGUCUGUGACGACGGCUGGGACCUGAGCGAUGCCCAGGUGGUGUGCAGGCAGCUGGGCUGUGGCUCUGCUGUUGCUGCAACCUCAAAUGCCUUCUUUGGAGAAGGCACAGGAAACAUCUACCUGGAUGAGAUCAGCUGUUCAGGCUGGGAGUCCUCCCUCUUCCAGUGUGGCCACCGAGGCUGGGGCAUCCACAAUUGCGGCCACAAAGAAGAUGCUGGUGUUGUGUGCUCAGGUACCAAUGCCACCAUCAGCCUGGUGAACGGCAGGAACCGCUGCGAGGGCCGCGUGGAGAUUUCCCACUCUGGGGGCCGCGGCACCGUCUGUGACGACGGCUGGGACCUGAGCGAUGCCCAGGUGGUGUGCAGGCAGCUGGGCUGUGGCUCUGCUGUUGCUGCAACCUCAAGCGCCUCCUUUGGACAAGGCAGUGGCAGCAUCUACCUGGACGAUGUCAGCUGUGCGGGCUGGGAGUCCUCCCUCUUCCAGUGUGGCCACCGAGGCUGGGGCAGCCACAACUGUGGCCACAGUGAAGAUGCUGGUGUUGUGUGCUCAGAUGCCACCAUCAGCCUGGUGAACGGCAGGAACCGCUGCGAGGGCCGCGUGGAGAUUUCCCACUCUGGGGGCCGCGGCACCGUCUGUGACGACGGCUGGGACCUGAGCGAUGCCCAGGUGGUGUGCAGGCAGCUGGGCUGUGGCUCUGCUGUUGCUGCAACCUCAAGCGCCUCCUUUGGACAAGGCAGUGGCAGCAUCUACCUGGACGAUGUCAGCUGUGCGGGCUGGGAGUCCUCCCUCUUCCAGUGUGGCCACCAAGGCUGGGGCGUCCACAACUGUGGCCACAGUGAAGAUGCUGGUGUUGUGUGCUCAGGUACCACUCAUUUGACUGCCUGAGUGCCCUACAAAGAGAAGGAGCCUCUUGCCAAUGUUUCCAUACCUCCCUCUUUGGCAGAUGCCACCAUCAGCCUGGUGAACGGCAGGAACCGCUGCGAGGGCCGCGUGGAGAUUUCCCACUCUGGGGGCCGCGGCACCGUCUGUGACGACGGCUGGGACCUGAGCGAUGCCCAGGUGGUGUGCAGGCAGCUGGGCUGUGGCUCUGCUGUUGCUGCAACCUCAAGCGCCUCCUUUGGACAAGGCAGUGGCAGCAUCUACCUGGACGAUGUCAGCUGUGCGGGCUGGGAGUCCUCCCUCUUCCAGUGUGGCCACCGAGGCUGGGGCAGCCACAACUGUGGCCACAGUGAAGAUGCUGGUGUUGUGUGCUCAGGUACCACUCAUUUGACUGCCUGAGUGCCCUACAAAGAGAAGGAGCCUCUUGCCAAUGUUUCCAUACCUCCCUCUUUGGCAGAUGCCACCAUCAGCCUGGUGAACGGCAGGAACCGCUGCGAGGGCCGCGUGGAGAUUUCCCACUCUGGGGGCCGCGGCACCGUCUGUGACGACGGCUGGGACCUGAGCGAUGCCCAGGUGGUGUGCAGGCAGCUGGGCUGUGGCUCUGCUGUUGCUGCAACCUCAAGCGCCUCCUUUGGACAAGGCAGUGGCAGCAUCUACCUGGACGAUGUCAGCUGUGCGGGCUGGGAGUCCUCCCUCUUCCAGUGUGGCCACCGAGGCUGGGGCGUCCACAACUGUGGCCACAGUGAAGAUGCUGGUGUUGUGUGCUCAGAUGCCACCAUCAGCCUGGUGAACGGCAGGAACCGCUGCGAGGGCCGCGUGGAGAUUUCCCACUCUGGGGGCCGCGGCACCGUCUGUGACGACGGCUGGGACCUGAGCGAUGCCCAGGUGGUGUGCAGGCAGCUGGGCUGUGGCUCUGCUGUUGCUGCAACCUCAAGCGCCUCCUUUGGACAAGGCAGUGGCAGCAUCUACCUGGACGAUGUCAGCUGUGCGGGCUGGGAGUCCUCCCUCUUCCAGUGUGGCCACCAAGGCUGGGGCGUCCACAACUGUGGCCACAGUGAAGAUGCUGGUGUUGUGUGCUCAGCUGCUACAACCACACCUGCACCGAGACCUAAUGUGACUGCUCCUCCAGAUAAAGCAGAUUGUUUGUGGCAAAUACACGUAACAAACAAUUUCCGCAUUGCACUCACAUUUGAUAGCAUUCAGUUGCAAGGUGGAUGCCAGAAUGAGUACAUUGAGAUCUAUGAUGGGCCACCCAAAUCUUCUCCUCUACUUGGAAGAAUUUGUUCUAGCUCUCCUCGCAUGUACACUUCAUCUUCAAACUUCAUGUCUGUCAGGUUUUACAGUGACAGAUAUUCCAGUGGAAGCUUUCGGGCUCAGUAUCAGUCCUUUAUAGCAGACCAGAACACAACCCUUCUGUGCUUGCCAACCCACAUGCGUGCAGUGGUAGACAGACAUUAUCUCCAGUCCCAGGGCUACUCACUGGAGAGCAUCAGCCUGGCAGAUCCUCAAUGUAGACCAAUAAUUACAUCAACUGAGGUUAUAUUCAACAUUUCAUACAGCAACUGUGGUACACGUAGACAGGGCAACAAUGAAACGAUCACCUACUCCAACGUGAUAAAAGUGCCUGCUCCUGGUGGAGUCAUCAAGAGGAAGAAGGACCUUCACUUGCACAUCAGCUGCAAAAUGCUGCGGAACACCUGGGUUCAAACCAUGUACAUUGCUGAUGAUGUCAUCGAUGUCAAUGAAACCCAGUAUGGCAGAUACGACGUGAGCCUGAUGUUCUACAACUCCUCAUCUUUCCAGUGGCCAGUGCAUGACUUCCCAUACUAUGUUGACAUGGAUCAGAAAUUGUAUCUCCAAGCUUCUCUUCACAGCUCUGACCGAAAUCUGACGUUGUUUGUCGACACAUGUGUGGCAUCGCCUAAUUCUAGUGAUUUUAGAACACUGGUCUAUGAAUUGACCAAAAGUGGGUAA